AUGUUUCCUACCCGUCCUCCUGCGCCCUCGGGGCCAGGACCAUCUUACAAAUUUACGGUUGUGGAAACAUGCGACCGAAUUAAAGAAGAAUUUAACUACGUGCAGCAACAGUGUCACUCUCUUCAACUCGAACGGGAGAAAUUGUUGAGUGAGAGGGUGGAUAUGCAAAGAAUAUGUGUGGUGUAUUACGAAAUGGCGAAUGGCUUAAACCUUGAGAUGCACCGACAGAUGGAAAUUGCUAAAAGAUUGAACGCUAUCCUUACUCAAGUGAUUCCGUUCCUUUCACAGGAGCAUCAGUCCCAAGUUUCUUCUGCAAUCGAGCGUGCUAAACAAGUUACCAUGCAAGAACUAAACUCAGUUUUGGCGGCUCAAAUGGAAGAUACUAAAGUGACGAAAUUUUCCAAUGGUAGCAAUAUGGGCCUUUCUAAUGACCAGCUCGAAAUUUACAAGCAAAUCCAAGUUCACCAAAUGUCUUCUGGUGGAAGCCCUGGAGCAUCAAUGCCGGGCUCUUCUGGACAGGGUACAUCUCAUAGCACGCCUCUUGGUGGAAACCUUACUGGGAGUGCUAGCUUUGGUCCUCAUAGCGGGUCAUCUGCCUCUGGAAUGCUUCCCUCUAGCACACCGUCUAUAUCAGCUGCACUCCUUAAUGGUCUUAUGUCAGCUCAUGUUGGUGCUGGGGGUGUUAUGAUGCCUCCACCCGGUUCCGCAGGUUUACCUUUGACUGGCGCACCAGGAGGGCCAACAACAUGUGCACGCGAUUCCGAGAAAUUUUCCUCAGAUGAUAAACAGGCUUACUUCAUUUGUGGCGUCGGAUGA